UAGUAGCUUGCUUCGCUUCGCUACCAUGGAAGACUCAAGCCAAUCAAGCCCGACACUGCGCCUGUUCAAUGCCCUUUUGGUGACGAUGCUUGCCAUUUUGACUGGAUUGUUUUCGGUCCGUUUGCGUCUCAUUCGGCCAGAGGAUGGGGAUUUGAAGGGCAUGGGAUUUUUUAUUGGUUCGAUUGCGUUCCCGCUCUUGAUCUUCAACACUGUCGCAACAGCAAACAUUGGUGCGAUUGACUUGGGGGUCAUUGGGGCGUGUAGCCUUGGGAAAAUCUGUGUUGGAACCAUGACUUGGCUCCUGGCAUUCGUUGCAUACCUGCCAAAGCGAUCAAGGGGACAGCGGAUUUUGACAGCAGCCGUCUUUGCAUUCUUCUCCGUAGCCUCAGAUGAUUUUGCCAUUGGAUUCCCAGUGAUUGACGCGCUUUAUACAGAGGAAGACAUGGGAAUUUACAUCACUGGCAAUGCGUUGGUAGGUUCGUUCCUCUUUGUUCCGCUGACCAUUGUAGGCCUUGCCAUCGGUGGAGCAUUGAAGGGCACUGAAGGGCAGGGCUCAAACUAUUGCAGAAUCUUCGGGACGAUCAUGUACGACUUGGCCACGAACCCAGUUCUGGUUAUGACUUGUGUUGGUUUAUUGUUGAAAGUGAUUCUCAGCAACACGAAUGGGGACAUGGAGAAGCUACCUCAUCCCUUCUCGGAUUUGAUUGAUGUUUUCACUGCUCCCUUUGGUAUGUCUGCUCUUUUUCUAACGGGCACGUCCCUACGUUCACCUCGUGUGGCGGUGUGGGCAGUGGGCCUUGUGCUGAUGAAGGUGGUGGUGUGUGCAUAUUUGAGUUAUGCUUUUGCUACGAUUCUCAUCCCUGAAGAUCGUGAAGGCGCACAGAAGUUGCGAGAUUUCACGUUUUUCUAUGGGGUCAUUCCAACCGGGAGUCCACCCAUUGUAUUCGCUGCACAGUUUGAUCCAGCUUCAGCAGAGCUGAUCGCCACAGCGGUACUCUUUGGAUUAAUUCUGGCUGGACCCGUCAUGUUUGUCACAGCGUACAGUUUGCCAGAAGAAGAUUUGGCUGCCAAUAUGAUUCUCCGGCAAGUACAAGCCACCACCGAUGCAUCAAGCAUCCUUUGUGGUCUCAUCUUCUGUUUUUUUCUUUUGUUGCUUGGGCGAGGAUGGUGUUUUCAAUGCCCAGCGAAAAUGUUAGUUGCCUUCUAUGGACUGGUCUUGAUGGUCUAUGCAGUGGUCUCUUUGAUGUUGAAUCCUAUCCUGUCUCCAUACAGUUGCGAGCUGUUCAAGGAGAUGGAACUGAGAACUCCUUUGGUGUUAACUUUCGGUUGGCUGCAAAACACGGCCUGCAUCAUGGUGCUUCUGCUGGAAUCCAUGUUGGUCUAUGGCCCAGCAACAUCCAAAAAAAACACCUGCUUGGGCUUGUUGAUGGCCUUCGCGUGCUUUGUUUUUGCUUUAAUGCCAUCUUUACUAGCAACACCAAAUACUAUCAAUGAGAUUUGUGGAAUCGCAGCGGUUCAAACCGUAUCCCUCACGUUGACUUUUGCCUGGUCCUGCUUGCAACUAUUGAUUGCUUCUGUCCUGGCCAUAGAUGGACUUUGUCGAGCAAGGCGGUCAAAGGAAAUGAUGGAAGUCCCAAUUGGACACGGACAAUACGGACAUCAAAACGGACAAAGUGGGCAUGUGAAUCUGCAGAAUCUGCACACCGUCAGUGCCAGCGGAUCUUCUGGUACGGAAUCCGACUCUGAGAGCGGUGCGGAGGAGAACAAGUGGCAACUACUCGUCCCCCAAGGCACCAUCCUUGCAAUCAGCAUUCUCUUUAUCGUCAAGAGUAUGAUGCAGGUGAUCAACGCGGGUCAAGUACUUUUCCAUGGAAACAAGAAUCGGGGGGGUUUCGCAGCGAUGCUGCUGCUGGAGAGCGUGCUGGAGCAUGCACAGCCCUGGGUCUUGGUGAUUGCUUUGUUUUUUGACCCCAAUUUCACUUCGGUGCUUCUAAAGCUAUUGCACCAAGUGUGUCCCAUCUGUUGCCGCCCGAAGAUCAAGCUCACGUGCGAUUUGGUGAGGAAUCCACACGUGCUUGAUUCUGUACCACCAGCAGCCUCAGAUUCCGACGGUGUUUUAAAUUAAAUGUGGCCGUGCACAGUUGAAUAGCGCCGCUACAGUUGUUGAGAGCCAAAUGCUUCUGCGUAGGGUUCAAAAGCUGACCCUACGUGAAAUGCAGCACAGGCAAUACAGGACAGCAACAAAAAGUGGAUAUUCAAGAUUAUCCAAGUGAAUUAAGAUAAUUAAGGGAAUGCUCAAGUUCCUUCCAUUGCAGUGCGACACUGGCCGAUGGCCAGAGUUGCCGGGUUUGGCGAUAUUCCAACUGCAGGUAUGUGAGACUGAACCGUGACAGGCAGAUCGUUUGCGCAAC